AUGAAUGUGGGAUGUAAGCAAACAUGCUCUCUCUGUAGACUCCGGGCCUUAUUGGAAGAGCGUUUCCUACCCGACUUGGACAGUGCCCUCCGCUCUGUUGUGCAAAGCGCUGCCAUUUUUGGAAGGCACACACGACCUGCGGGCAGCUUCCGUUUCAAGGCUAUGAAAUAUCCUGGUGAUGUUGACCUGGAAGAGUAUUUGGCCAUAGAUGCCAACAGUCGAGAUGAGGCCCUGACAGAACUUUGCAGGACCAUUCAGACCCAAUAUGGGAAUACCGAAUAUGGGAAUAUCGCUGGGGCAGGUGGUGUGGAAAUGUUUUUCGGUGGAUUCAAAGCAGGUUUUGAGCCCGCGUCUGAAUGUAGCGGUGCAAAAAAAAAAAUCCUAAGUUGGACGCAACAAGACAUUUCGUGCUCGUCAACAGAAGCUUUGAAAAAAGCUUUGGGAGAAGGUCAUCAUACUUGGACUGCCAAGCUUGACUUGUUUGCAAAAGUGAAACUUUUUGAGGAUUCCAAAGAGACACGUCGCUAUUUUGAGGUUACCAAUGUCCUGCGAGCUGGUUGGUUCAAAGGGGCUCAACCUAUCCAGCCGAUCAGCGACGAGAAGGAUUUUUUGCAAUCAGUUGAGAAGAAUUUGGAGAAGUUUUCAGGUGAGGAACCCAAUGCAAUGAAGUACGUCAAGCGCCUUUGGGAGAGAAGUGCCUAUUUAGCGGAGCGAGGAUUUGACUUGGAGUGGAACUUGAGCAUUUUGGAGGCUCUCCGCCCGCUGCUUGGUCACUGGGUCGCUGAACUCAAUCAAGUUGCGGCGCAUGUCGAGACCAUCAUCAAUAUGAUGCAAUCUUCCCACGAGUUGUUUGAACAUGCACGUACCGAUCUGCCCAUACUUCGUCAGAACUUGAGCAGAUUGAAGUCUCGGCUUCACAACAUUGAUGAGUCAGAGAAGCAGGCUGCAGAAGAUGGGCGCGACAGCAUUGCAAAAGCACUGAAGUACAUCCCGGAGCUGCUACCAGAAUCAUCACCAGAAGCUGCGAAAGAGAAAGACAUGUUACGUACAUUCCUGCAUAAAGCACAGCUGUUGUUGGAAAGCUGCGUUGAGACCGUCUUGAUCGGAAAAUUGGGUUCUUUCAAAGUUCCAGUGGCCAAACCACUCGGAAAGCUCUGGACGUUUCCUUCAGACCACCCUCCCAUUGCAGCUAUGCUCAAACUCGGUGAGAACUCCAUCAAGGUUGCUUCCUGGAAUGUUCUGAACCGGAACUACUAUGAAUACAUAGAUAAAAACACACAAGGACUCAAAGGCUCGGAAAUAACAAUGCAGCAUGAAGCUGGUACAAGAGAGAGCAAGAUCAUUGAGAAGAUCGAAGAGAUGCUACAGAACGAUUUCCGAAUAUUGUGCUUACAAGAAUGCUGGCCCGAGUUGCUUCAGCAGCUUGGAGAAGCUUUGGAGGAAAGACAGCCUGAAGUUCAGAUGCACUGCAGCGGAGAAGACAAGAACCAAGAGGCAAUACGUUGUAUGUGUUAGGACAUCUUGUUUUCCAUAUCCGACAUCCAACAGAAAAUCGCAGCAUUUUGCCUCAUAGCUCUGGCAAUUGUUGGACUCAACAUCUGUAUCCACCCCGGCCCCUUGCAGGCAAUCCUUUUCCAUUCCGACCAUGUUUACUUUCGGGAACGUAUUCGUUUUCAUCGCGCCUUCAGAGAGAAUUCCAAGAAGGCGGUUUUUUUGCUUGAAGCUGAAGCUGGUACCAUACACUUAGCCUGUGUAGGCAAGGUUUUGUUUCUUUCUUCUUUCGCCAGUGCAAGUGGUGACUGAGGCCCAUUUCAAACAUGCUGGAAUGGGCCUUUUGCGUGUUGUGACAACGCAUCUACCCGGUGCUCCUUUUGGGCGCGCUCGCAAAGAAUUUGCCGAUUGCAUAGCUGGGAUUGUCAAGGGCGAGAAGCUGCCAACCGUACUGCUGGCAGAUCUGAACUUUCCCGAAAAGGCCUU